AUGGAGGCGGAGCCCAAGAUCGGCCUGCGCUUCACACCAGGCGAUGGAGCUUCCGCGGCGGCCAAGGGGGUCUAUGUCGCGGAGCUCUCCAAGAGCUCCCCGCUGAGUGCUACGAUACCUGCACUCACCGAGACACUAGGUGUUCCUGCGAAUGCGGCGACCUGGAGAAAGGAUGGUGCUGUUGGGUGGGAGUGCUGCCCACCCGUGACUCUGAUGCACGACGGCCUUACCUUAGAUCUGGAAAAGAGCCUGGCGGAGAACGAGGUGACCAUCCCGGGUGCCCGCGCACGGCGCGAGGGUGAGAAGGUGCAGCUCUGCUUUGAUACGCAGCACCUUGGCAUUUCGACGAAGAGGAAGCUGCGGCUGGAAAUGGAGGAACAGCUGAAGGAGAAAAGACAACUCGAGGACAUGGAGCGCGCCCGCGAAAAGCAAAUUCGUGCGGCUCGGGCCAACGAGAUCUUCGACGAACAAAUCGCUCAGCACGUGCCGUGGAGAGAGUCGGGGUGGACCGGCAGCAGUUUGAUCGGUGCCGCGGCUGUGAACGUGGUGAACCGGCUGUUGGGUGAUCCGGAUCCCGACGUCAAGAAGCCCAAGCAUUACCUUGAGCGUUUGAGACCUGAACAGGAGUAUCUUGGCCGAGAUUUCACGAAGGGGGUGCUUUCUUUGCUGCGAGCCAGUGGUGGUUCUAGCACCCAGUGUUGGGCCUACUUCGUACACCACCAGGAGCUUCGCGAGCGUUUCGAGCGUGCCAAACAGGGUCUCCAGGCGGAUGCCGCCAACAUUCCGAAGAAGAAAUCGACCACCACCAGCAGCGUUGGACCUGACUUGGCGUUUUUGGGUCACUUCGAUCCCAGUGGAAUCCCAAAGCUGCAGAAGCGCCGCUAA